CCCCUCUUGACUGGCCGGCCACACGAGACUCAUUGACGCAAUGAUGGUUAGACCAGAUGUGUGGUAGACCAACUCACAUCUUAUGGGUCCUGUAGCCUAUAGUGUUUUAAGUGCUUCACGUCCAAGUUCGGAUGACAUCAUUAGGCCCACCAAAAAUAACACGAGCCUGAUACAGGGUGAUGAUUGACGCAAGUCAAGGCAAAUUAAUUACACUUUUGUUUUUUUCACCGACGCUGUUAUGAAAAAAUGCGUAAAUGGAUCUAGUUGUGCGUGUGAACAGUUCUGGAUGUGUUGAGUAGCAUUGGAGGCUACCUACUGUCUUGGCUAGGAAACGUUUUCACACGUAAAAGUAGCGGACGUGCUGCAAAUUGCAUCGUUGUGGCAACUAGAAGUGUGUUUAAAGACAACAACUACUCGUUACUGUUUUAAUGGAUCAACUGGCUGACAUAUCCAGUUUCUUGGGUUGAAAGCAACCUUUGGCCCUUGGAUCGAUACAACUGUUUUCGAUUAAGUUGCGAUGUUAGCACAAAUAAAUAAAUGAAGAUACCGAGUUUCAGAGUCUAGAGGUCAACACCCAGUUCUGCGAUUUUUUUUUAAAGAGCACAUGUUAACCACAUACCCGGGUAUGUUUAAUGGUGUUCACGGAAUUAAACAUCUGGUGUGUGAAGCUAAUACACCAUUGAUAGACCUGCGUCUGUGAAGUUCGUUUUAACAGUCAUUACACUUAGGUCUGUGACGCUUAAACUCUGUGUAUAUUCAUGUCAAAGAGAAAUUACGCAUUUGGAGACACCUGCAGAAUACGUUGAGAUCAGUGGACCGGGAGUGGGACGUACUUUGACCAUGACCUGGCCACGCUGUUUCGGCGGUGUCUCCAAACUAUCCAAGGAGUCAUUUUUAUUCUUUCACAACCCAAGUCAUGACUUCAUACUAACGAUGGUACGUGCUUCCAUUUUAUUUUUUAACAUCAAUAAUAAUUAGCAACAUUUAUUCUCAUACAACGUUGCACUAUUUUAGUUAAUGCCUUAUAGUUAAAAAAAAUAAUUCAUUACCGUUUAAUUAUAUAAAAUAACCCACAAAUUUAACCAAUAUAAAAUAAAUAUUUUAACAUCGUUUUAUGGCGAGAUAUGUAUUGUCUACCUAUUUGUCGAGAUGUAGCUAUCACAACACAACUAUCACAAUUAACUGAAGAGCUCCAAGGGAAGCUACUGAGAUUAUAACAUAUUUCUUCAACCAGUGCGCAUUUUAAUAUUUAUUCCAGAAGUCUGUAAUACGUGUUUUUCAUUAAUGAAUUUAAUGCGGUCAACUUUGAGUGCUUCCAGUGGCAUAUACACAAUGGGGGACGAAAAAAAGGGGGGGGGGUUGUCCGCCCCUGGUUGUACAUGUUUCUGUAUAUAAAGGGUGGCACUUUUGGCCAACGGCAGAGGUUUUUUUACGGGAAAGGGGCGUACGAUAUCUUGGCCCGCCCCAGGUGGCAGUAACCCUAUCUAAGCUACUGAGCGUUUUUAUUAAAACAGAGAACACACAGGCUGUAACAGACAACGUGUCUAACGGUCUGAACAUUUAUGUGUGUUUGUGUCUCUGUGUGUUUUUUUUUUGGUGGGGAAUGCCCUUAAUACAAUCCUGGUUUAUUUUCGAGUGAAUUACGUAGAUUCUCUAAUCCUCCCUACGUGGUGAGAGACACACGUUGUGGGCUGUAUCUGAGUAGAUUUUGAUCAUCAUCCUGUAUCAACCCAAUGUGGGGCAUAGCUCAUUAAGGAUGUUACUCUGUUGGGUGUCUGUCACCACCCUCUCAUCUCUCUAUCGCUCUGCGUGUCAUUACCAUCAAAAUUUAGGUCUGUUCUUGCUGCGUUGACAGGCCUCCAACAGCUCAGUAGCGCUAUGUAAUAAGAAGUGAAAAAAGGGGGUGGCCGGGAAGGGGGGGGGGUCCGUGAGUUUUGUAAUAGCAAGUAAAGGGGUUAGUGGGUUUCGUAAUAUCAAGUAAAGGGGUUAGUGGGUUUUGUAAUAGCACGUAAAGGGGUUAGUGGGUUUUGUAAUAGCACGUAAGGGGUUAGUGGGUUUUGUAAUAGCAAGUAAAGGGGUUAGUGGGUUUUGUAAUAGCACGUGAAGGGGUUAGUGGGUUUUGUAAUAUCACGUAAAGGGGUUAGUGGGUUGUGUAAUAGCACGUAAAGGGGUUAGUGGGUUUUGUAAUAGCAAGUAAAGGGGUUAGUGGGUUUUGUAAUAGCACGUAAAGGGGUUAGUGGGUUUUGUAAUAGCACGUAAAGGGGUUAGUGGGUUUUGUAAUAGCAAGUGAAGGGGUUAGUGGGUUUUGUAAUAUCACGUGAAGGGGUUAGUGGGUUUUGUAAUAGCACGUAAAGGGGUUAGUGGGUUUUGUAAUAUCACGUGAAGGGGUUAGUGGGUUUUGUAAUAGCACGUAAAGGGGUUAGUGGGUUUUGUAAUAGCACGUAAAGGGGUUAGUGGGUUUUGUAAUAGCACGUGAAGGGGUUAGUGGGUUUUGCAAUAGCACGUAAAGGGGUUAGUGGGUUGUGUAAUAGCACGUAAAGGGGUUAGUGGGUUUUGUAAUAGCAAGUAAAGGGGUUAGUGGGUUUUGUAAUAGCAAGUAAAGGGGUUAGUGGGUUUUGUAAUAGCAAGUGAAGGGGUUAGUGGGUUUUGUAAUAGCAAGUGAAGGGGUUAGUGGGUUUUGUAAUAGCAAGUAAAGGGGUUAGUGGGUUUUGUAAUAGCACGUGAAGGGGUUAGUGGGUUUUGUAAUAGCAAGUGAAGGGGUUAGUGGGUUUUGUAAUAGCAAGUGAAGGGGUUUAGUGAAGUAGAUUCAUUGUCUGUGAAUUGCCUCAAAAAUAUAUUUUUAUCGGUCACUAUUUAGUGUAUUGAUAUCAAUAAAGUAGGCUAUUACAUUUGUAGUAGAGUAGUUUGAAAUGUUGGCCACAAGGCAGAUGGUCUUUAAUCCCUUAAUAUCCAAACAAGCUACCGCCGGCAAGUAGGCUACAAGCAUUUGACAUUUAUUACUGGUAUGUGUGUGUGUGGGGGGGAAAAGGGGGUUGGUAUGAAACACUGAAAAUCUUUAAUAUUAUAAAAAGGGGGGGGGGGGGGGAUGAAACACUGAAAAUCUUUAAUAUUAUAAAAAGGGGGGGGGGGUUGUAUGAAACACUCAAAAUCUUUAAUAUAUAUUAAUUUCCCAUUUUUGUAUGAUGAUGGGGAAAGGUUUAUUUAAUAACUAUUAAAAUGGGUUUGGUUGAGAACAACAUGGGUUCAAUCAAUCGAUACAAAGAAUAUGCGAGAAGAAAUAAUCUCACAUUUGUUGCACUAUUUGUGCGUCUACAAUUCUAAUUUAUAAAAUUUAGAUUUCUAAAUUUAAGUCAAACGCUGAGAGUGAGAUAUGAUCAAGGAAGGUAUAACUUGUACUACUACGACAGGCCUUCCAUGACUGAGAUACUAUCACAAAUACAAGCAAAGUUUUUUUUUCACCAUGGUAGAACCCAUAGCUUCUAACCACCUCACCCCCCCCCCCCCCACCACCGUCCAUAAAUCUAUCACACUGUUAUACUAUAGGCCUACUUAUUUUUUUACUGUUAUAUAUAAUGACAUGUACCCGUACAAAGAAAAAAUUUCGUCCGGGGCAAAGCCUGAAAUUUGCGCCCCCCUCUCUCUCCCCGUUUCAUCAAUAAAACAUACACACACCACUCGUAUAUAUAGAACUUUUUUUCCCCCAGAGUAUUGACAAUUUUGGAGUUACGUGCCGCCUGAGACUCUUCACGGCUUGUUUAUAAAAAAAAUAUUUAAAAAAUACAAAGUUAAGGGUGGAUUCAAUACAUGGGGGAAAUCCCAUUUUUCUUUAUUUACAAGUGCUUUUUUUAACACUUAACUCCCCACACUGUGAUCCUACACUCGAGUUUAUAGCCAAGGCUUACAUUCAAAGUGGAAUAAGUUGCCAAGUCAAUGUCACCACAAUUUCAAGCUCUCUAAUUACGUUUUAUUUAUAGGGCUGGUUUCAUUAUUAAACAUUUUACUUUUAUUAUUGAUUGAGCAAUGAUUUAACAUUAUUAACUUCAUUUUAUUUUAAGAUCAACUGAAAUUCAGAUUUCUUCUAUUUUUUGUGUGCUGUUAAUACCUAAUUCUUUUUAACACAUGUUUCACAGUGGACUAACAAUGCCCUGCUGUACGCUGUUUGGUCAUCCAUCUGCUGUUUAUACAGCCUCACAAUGGUCAUCUACAGUGGAAUGGGUGCAGGGUAUGGUGUCAAAAUUCUCAUCUGGUUGACCUACUGGGCUUUCUACAGCCUGACUCUCCGAUUCAUUGUUACAGCCACCAACUGCUGGUAUUACUACUUCUUUGGUGGAGAUGUCUUAAACAACAAUGAUGUUAAUGUUAAUCAGACAAGUACAAGUAAUGGUGGCACAUCAAACACAACCAAACAGAGGCUCUACAUUGAUCUCCCACAAGAUAUAGAUGACAAUGUACAGAUAAAAAGUUGCCAGGAAGAAAAAACGAGCACUCCAGAGAGCAAUCAAGAGCUACCCAUCAACCUUGCCUUUCAGUGGUUUUUACAGAACAUUUCAAAUGCUGUAUCGCUGUUGGUGACAGCACUGUUUUGGGCUCUGGUUUAUACAGGUUAGUAAUAACCAUUACAUUAUUCAAAGCCCAUUAAGCAAUUUGGAAUAUAAAAAUAAUAAAUAGAGGGGAAGACUUAUUUUGAAAAGGCCCAGGCCAAUAACUGGGCCUAACAAACUAAGGAUAAAGCAAAAAUCCCUAAGUCAACUGACCAAGCCAUAUUGGGAACUGGUUCUCUCAAAUUAGAAUAAACAAAAAAAUAAAUAGAGGGGAAGACUUAUUUUGAAAAGGCCCAGGCCAAUAAUUGGCAAAUAUAACAAAAUAAGGAAAAAGAAGCAAACAUCCCUUAGUCAACAGACCAAGCCAUGUGGUGGUUAUAUUAGUAAUUAGUAGACUUUGUAGGAUUUUUAGUUCACAUUUUGAAGCUAAAUUUCAAGGGAAAUAAAGAUCUCAAUAUCUGAUUCUUGUAAAAAAAAAUUAUCACUGUUCUCCAGCUAUUUUUUAAAUCUUUAAAAAAAAACAACAACCCCCCCCCCCCCCCCCCCAAGCUUAAUUGCAGUCUUUCCUUAUUUAUUAAUCCUUAUGAACAACUUCAGUAUUUACGAGCUAUUAGUAAGGUGCACAUUUUAAUGAAAUUAUAUAUGAAAUUAAAUAAUGAUGCCCCCAUGAUUCUAGUUACUAAUUUUUUAAAAAUCCUCUAAGGCGAUCCACAGACCUACGUUAGCAUCAACUCCCACGUCUUGAAUUCUUUGAUGGUCCUAUCAGAUGUCAUGAUAAGCCGGGCGCCCAUCAGAAUCCAGCAUGCUCAUGUUCCCAUUACGUUUCUGGGCAUCUACAUCUUCUUCACAAUCAUCUACUGGGCAGCGGGUGGGACCAAUCACCUUGGUCGACCUCACAUCUACAACAUUCUGGACUACUCCACAAAACCUGGCACAGCUGCUGUGGCUAUCCUCUUGGUGGCUCUCAUAGCUGUUCCUCUAACUCAGCUUUUCCUUUACGGGAUCUAUCGCCUAAGAGUUUGCUUACAUUUGGCUUGCAGAAAACAAGUGAUAAUGCAAAAAAAAACUAAAGAGAUUCAUCUCAGCGACAUUGUAGCCCAUGACAUGGAUGGAUAUUCUAUUAAAAUGAGACCAGGAGACAAGUAGUAAUUUUUAUGUCAUUUAUCAAAAUAUGAAAAUGUUGCUUACCAGUAUAUAUUAUGAAACUUUUAUAGAUAAAGUGAUAUAAAAACUUUAAUUCUUAGUGUGUUGUCAUAUAUGAUUGCAUUGCACUAUCAUAAUUUGUGUACAGUAUCAAAUCAAGGCCUGUCCAGUCAUUUAUUUUCUUAAUUUUUAAAACUUUUCAUAAAAAUUCCGGAGAGUAUACAUAAAUAUUGAUAAGAUAAAAACUUUUAAAUAAUAAUACAGUUAGAAAAGAGCAAAGCGUCCAAAAUUAAAACCUUUAAAUUAUUUUAAUACAAAUAGGUCAACAUUUUU